AUGAGAGGACUACAGUUGUUUGGAGGAGGAAGUAGGAGAAGUGUUGAAAGCGAAAGGCCUUUAUUGAAUACCAAAGAGUCAGUUUUAGUGCCUACUGGACCGCACCUUUUGAAGUUACCAGAUAAAUUGCUGGAACGAAUCCUGGAGAAUCUUGAUAUUCCAACAUACUUGUCACUGAUACAAGUCAACAAGAAGUUAUAUCAGCUAAUUUGUGAAAGGUUUUUAUUUAAACAUGUGGUUUUAAUGAAUAAGAACGCAUUGUUAAAAUUCAACGCUUUGAUUGAAUGCAAAAGUCUUACUCUGAGAAAUGAUAUCAGUUAUCUGGUGAAAACUGUUGAAUUCGUGGAUCCAGAAUAUCAUGAUUCUCUGUUCAAAUAUAGCAAAUACUAUAACACUGGGUUUGCGGACACUGUAAUAGGUGGCUCGUAUUCAUUCAGUGAAAGACAGGGACGAUCGACAGAUAUCAGAACAUCGUCUAGAUCUGCAUCCGUGUCCUCUACAAGAUCAAGAACUAAACAAGGUGCUUCAGAGGUAUAUCAUCAACUUUCCAAACUUGAAUCUAAAUUCCUUGACUACACUUACAUUGAAUUGAUGCUAAAUAUCAUAGAUUCACUUCCUAACGUUUCACACGUUAUUCUCUCUCAGGUGGAGAAGAACUUCAAGAUCCCAUUAUGGUAUUCAGUUUUAAAUGAUGGCUCUAAGGAUUUCUUCAAGAAGAUUAUUAAAGGUCAAGGGUCAAUGACAGUAGAGGAUUUGAGAACAUUUAGGGUUUCCAGUGAUUGGAUUAAACAAUACGAGGAAACAUUCCAUUCUCUAUCUAGAUUCAAACGACUAUCUAUCAAGGCGAAGACUAACCUAGUUCUAAAGCCUAACUUGCUUUGUUGCUUUGGUGUUUUUGAUGAGUUAAUGUUGGAAAAUAUCACCAUUACUCCUGAAUCCAUUGAUACACCAUUGGAAUAUUUGCCGCUAUAUAUGCGAAUAGGACACGACAAAUGUUUGGAUCUACAUCUUCCAGUUCAAACAUUGGAACUCAAAUCCUGUGUCAUCAAAGCUGGUAAUGGACUUAUGAGAUUAUUGUACUCGUUCUUUUUCCGUGUCAGAAAGUUAUCAUUGUUUGAUCUUCAAAGUAAAUAUGAUCUCCUUUUGAUAAAUUGCUUUGGUUCUCUCACGCACCUAACCAUAGACUGUAAUAGUACAUGCUUUGUCAAUGUCAAACCUACUGAUGAGUCAUAUUAUUUUCCAGAAGAACCUAUGCAGGACGAUAUGGAUGAUCUCAAGACACUGAUAGACCCUCAGAAAGGUGUAAAACUAACAGCACCACCGCCAACUACACCAGUGGUUGUUGUAAUGAGCAAUGGGAAGUUAAUAAACACCGAAGCUAGCACACCACGGAAACCAGCACUUUUAACAACAGAACAAGCACAUUACUUUGGAUCCUCAUCGAUAUCUCCUUUCCAUUCUUAUUUCCAUCAUUUCAAAAGAUUGUGGGAACGGAUUCCAAACUCAGGAGUACAUUUGACAAUAGUUAAUAUCCCCUUCACGAAUGUAUUUCCCUUAGUUCCUGAACUUGUGUGGGAACGCUUUUUGACUAGUGAUCAAGACACCCUCUACGAUAAUUCAGACGAUGAAAAUAACCAUGAGUUGGACGAGUAUUGGUGGGAUCCAAAAAUAAAAGAAAAUCUUGAACGAGCGACUCAUUUCAAUAAUGAUAUAGACAUCUCUGAAGAAGAUUUUUCACCCAGGAAAUGGAAUGAUUUCCAUAGGAUUAACUCUUUCAAGGACAUUCCUAAUGUCAACGUUUGGUACUUCUUGAAGCUUUUGUCUAAGUUUCAGUCCGUUGAGAUUCGAAUGUUACGUCAAUGGUUGUUCUGCACUCCUCGUACGAGAUAUGAUUGGGAACUCUUAUUACGACCUGUGUUAAAUGGCAGAGUACCUGUCACAGUGAAGGAUAAUGCUGGAUAUUUGUUAUAUUCCUAUGGAAAUUCUAAAAAAACAUGA